CGGUUCUGGCGGGCAGGACUGACAACGUCCGGCUGCAGAGAGACUUCACGUGUGUGAGAGUUUCUGAGUCUGUCACCCAAGUCUAACCCACCCUCUGAAACGGCCUGUCUGACGUCAACGACAUGACGUCAUCUGGAAACACAAUAGAUGACGAGGACACAUUUAAGAUCCUCAUAGCUACUGAUAUUCACCUGGGUUACCUGGAGAAGGAUGCCAUCAGAGGAAACGACUCGUUCGUGACAUUUGAUGAGAUUAUGAAAUGCGCAAAGCAAAAUGAAGUGGAUUUUGUGCUGCUGGGUGGAGAUCUGUUCCACGACAACAAGCCGUCCCGUAAGUCUGUGCACAGCUGCGUGGAGGUGAUGAGGAAGUACUGCAUGGGCGAUAAACCCAUCCCCUUCGAGAUCCUCAGUGACCAGGCCGUCAACUUCAGCAACAGCAAGUUCCCGUGGGUGAACUACCAGGAUGAGAACCUGAACAUCUCCAUUCCCAUCUUCAGCGUCCACGGAAACCACGACGAUCCGACAGGGGCUGAUGGACUCUGCGCUCUGGACAUCUUGAGCUGUGCCGGUCUGGUGAACCAUUUCGGACGUAGCCGGUCAGUGGAGAAGGUGGAGAUCAGCCCCGUACUGCUGCAGAAAGGAAGCACCAGGAUUGCCCUCUACGGUCUGGGUUCCAUCCCAGACGAGAGGCUUUACCGAAUGUUCGUUAACAACCAGGUGACCAUGCUGCGCCCCCGUGAGGACGAGAGCAGCUGGUUCAAUCUGUUCGUCAUCCAUCAGAACAGGAGUAAACACGGACCCACUAAUUACAUCCCCGAGCAGUUUCUGGACGAUUUUCUGGACCUGGUGGUUUGGGGACACGAGCACGAGUGUAAAAUCGCUCCGGUGCGAAACGAGCAGCAGCUUUUCUACGUCACCCAACCGGGGAGCUCUGUGGUUACGUCACUGUCGCCAGGGGAAGCUGUCAAAAAACACAUUGGCCUUCUGAGAGUGAAGGGGAGGAAGAUGAACAUGCUGAAGAUUCCUCUGCACACCGUGAGGCAGUUUUUCAUUCAGGACGUGACCCUGGCCGACUACCCCGACAUCUUCAGCCCCGAAAUGCCCAACGUCAUCCAGAAAGUGCAGGCCUUCUGCCAGCAAAAGGUGGAGGAGAUGUUGGAGGAAGCUGAGCGUGAAAGACUUGGAAACCCGCUCACACCCGAGAAGCCGCUCAUCAGAUUACGAGUGGAUUACAGUGGAGGGUUCGAGUCGUUUAACACGAUGCGCUUCAGUCAGAAGUUUGUGGAGCGAGUGGCGAAUCCUAAAGAUAUCCUACACUUCGUCAGACACAGAGACAGCAAGGACAAGGUCAAAGAGGAAGGGAUUGACUUUGAGAUGCUCCUGUCCCGGCCGUCUGCCGAUGUUCUGCAGCUACGAGUGGAGGAUCUGGUUAAGGAAUACUUCCAGACCGCUGAGAAGAACAUGCAGCUGUCUCUGCUGACCGAGCAGGGCAUGGGCAAGGCCGUGCAGGAGUACGUGGACAAAGAGGAGCGAGACGCCGUCGAGGAGCUCAUCAACUACCAGCUGGAGAAGACGCAGCGCUACCUCCGGGAACGACGCGUGGAGGCCACCGAGGAGAAGAUUGAUGAAGAGAUCCGGCGCUUCAGAGAAUCGAAGAAGAACACGGUCGAGGAGGACGAAGAGGUGCAGGAGGCCAUGAACCGAGCGCGGGAGCACCGGGGCUCGGCGAGAGACGACGACUUCGACCGACUAGAUGAACCCGUCUCCGUCUCCGUGGAGUCCGACGAGGACGAAGGCCCCCUGGCGCCGGUUCGAGGACGAGGGCGGGGCUCGAGAGCCAGAGGAGGACGAGGCCAAAGCACGACUACCAGGGGAAGAUCACGAGGUGCCGGAUCUCAGUCGAGCAGGGCGGGGCGGGGACAGAAAGCUGCAGCUCUGUCCAGUCCCGUCAAAUCCAAAUCUAUAAUGGACGCGUUCCAGACUUCGAGCUCCAGAGGAACCAGAGGAACAUCUGUGAAAUCCUACGCUGAGGAGAUCACUAUUGAGGACAGCGACUCGGACGACGGCCACGCCUUCACCAAGGUGUCCAGACCUGCUCAGAGAACGGCGUCAUCUUCGCUCUCCUCCAGUAGGCGGGGCUCUCAGAGUCAGAGCCAAUCAAAUAAAGGCGUUUGCUUUGACAGUGAUGAUGAGGACGAGUUCGACCCCUUCAAGACGUCAGGGCAGCGGGGUCGAAGAUGACGUGAAGAUCCACAGAGUCCUGACCCCUCCAUCCGUCCGUCCACACCCUUUAAGUUAACUGUGUUCUGUUUAUGGUUGUAAGGUCACACUACUUUUGCUCCUGCUCGGAGGUGACGUUCUCUUCUCUUUAGUCUGAACCCAGAGACUCAGCCCUGCAGUUUCGGGUUUAUCUGAGGUGAUCGUGUCCUCAGGAUCUCGUGAUGAAGCUCAUUUUCUGUAUUUUUUUCCUUCUGAAACGAUCCCUAAUAGCCCCAAUUUGAGGCUCAGAAAUUGACAUAUUUUCUAAGACUGUAGGAUAAAAGCGUCUCUCGUUUGUCUCGCCCCGCCCCGCCCCGUCCCGGUUCUCUCCUCCUGACGGUUUGUUUUGCUAGAUUUAUUCCUUGCUGUGGUGUUGUGAUGUCGGCUCGGUUUGAGGCCGCACUAAACUUUUUCAGACGAGCUCUUCACUCGGUGUCGUGUGUGUUAUUGAAUCGGCACCGCGUGCUCGCUAAUCCAUACAGCCGCGAGUGUAGGCGUUCAGCCUCGAGAAGCGUACCGACAUCAAUCUAUUCCUUUUAUUGUUUCAUCUGUGAAGGUAAAGGCUAACGCGGUUCGAGCAUUUUCAGUCGGCAGAUUGACGUGCCUGAAGGAGGGUACAGACUUCACCCCUGCAGAAACUAGACUAACGUGAGCUUGUCGUGAAAAGUACAGACAUGUUAGCAGGAACUAAUGCUGUACUGACCCCACAGAACCAUCUAAAGGUUCCUGUAGUAUCUGGUUCAUCUCGUCAUGAUCCUGGAGGCAACAGAAUUCGUCAAACCGGUUGACCUUUAGCUAUGGGCUAAAACAGGGUUCCUAGUGAAAAUGCUGGUGUGUGAUUUAAUACAAUUAUUUUACCCAGAAAUAAACCGGCUCAGACGGGAGGAAGUGUCGUGAGCUUGUUUAUUUCCUGGGAUCCAGAAGCACGACUGGUUCCAGUCCCUGUAAUGAUGGAGAGCAGGUUUGGAUGAGAACUCAUAGCGAGUGGUUCUAUAGUUCAGUGUGAACUGAUUCACGUUCAGUACGAGCGGGAGUUGUGGAAUAAUUGGAAUCGUUUCGUGUUCCUCCAUCUCCCGGUGCUACACGAUCCUGAAUUAGCAAUUACCAGCCAAACCAGACAGGAAGCUCGGCAGGAACCUCAGCAGGAACCUCGUGAGUGUACAAUUACAGCAGGUUCCUGCGCUCAGGUGUACAGGGGGGUGUAAACUUUUUAGAUCUGCUGAGCCAUUCAACAAAAUCAGACCAAAAGGAAUCACCUCAGGACUUUUUACACUUAAUGUUUCCUGUAAUCUGAACAGUUCAAUUUAAAACAAACAAAUAAUGUGGCUGCAUAAAUAUUCACACCCCUAAUUUAACACUUUGUUUGAUCACAUUUUGAUCUUGGCUUGGUGAUCUGUGCUUGGUGAUCAGGCCAUGAGGGUGUCUCAUGUGCAGCGCCCUCUUCAGGUCGCUUUACAGACUUUCUGGUGAAGCCGUGGAGGUUUCAGCUCGUUGCCGUACUGUUCAUAAUUCCCUCCACCUUGAUUAAAUCCCCAGCUGAGGAUAAAAACAGACCCAACAGACAUCAUAUAAACCUGCCAGUAUAACAGGGGUGUGUAAAUUUUAUCCUCUGUAUUUAAAUGAUCAACUUAAAUGAUUCAAAGCGCAACCAGUAAGGCCACAUCUGAGACCAAAACAAGACCAAACCCAUGACCAAGGACCUGACAAAUUAAGAUAAAACAAAGAGUAAUACCAUCUGAGACCCUUUACUUAGACCCAAACAAUACAAAAAACUCGACCUUUAACAACCAGUAAACCAGUAAUGACCAGGACCAGACCAAUAACAGCUGAAACCAAGACUAUACUAAAACAAUUCACUACACAUUAAAAGACUUUCCUUCCCUAAUAUUUGUUCAUGUCUCUCCCUCAUAACUCUUCUGUAGAGUGUUUAUUUUAAAGGUGUUUAACCUCUUACCUAAAUAAAAAAGAAAAACAA